CAGGUUUUUAUGAAAUGAAAGCAAUUAUCUCAAUCAGAGUUGUUGGUGAAGCGUUGAUCUUAUUUUCACUGUUCGAGUGUUCCUACUGUAAGUAAUGCUUAUAACGAAGGAACAUCUGUAGCAUGCACUUUUCAUAAGACUUAUAGUUCCUUCUAAUUGGUCAUGACGAGAAAUACACGAAAAGGGGUACAAACAUGCGCAUAAUUGCUCGCUCACUUAGCAAAAUUUUUAUUAGAAUUCUUAUGUGAGACUUAUGAGAGCCACAAAUGAGAAAACGAAACUAUAUGACUGUUCGCAGCAUGUUCACUUUUGUAGUUAACUAAUAAUAAAUUGUUUCAAUCUGAAAAACAUGUAUACAGCAACUAUCAUUGAAAAAUAUUUGAAACAGGAUUUUGUAUGUAUUAAACCAAUGCAGUUUGUAUAGGUAAUAGGAUGGUUUCGAGUGAAAUUAGGAUAAAACAUGCACGAGUGAGUUUUUCAAAGACCUCAAAAUAGCACUUUGAUGCUCUUUGAAAAACUCACUCGUGUAUGUUUUAUCCAAAUUGCGCGAAAAACCACAAUCAAUCCUACUAUAUACGUAUUUUAAAAUAAUAUACUUCAAAAACUCAUUAAUAAUUCAUAAGGAAAACACAAAGAAAAAUCAUAAGCGUGUCGUGGUAGAGAUUUCCCUUGAUUUACAUAUUAAAUUUAACUUUGAUUUUCUCGAUUUACACAACGUAGUUUUUGAAAACUACUUCGCCAGUGAACUUACUAGCCUAGAUCGAUCGUUUUUUAAACAAUUUAAAACAUUCGCAGUGCGUAUUUUAUCAGACCUAAAGAUACUCGGCUUCACCAUCUUUAUAUCUGAUAAAAGACUGCUAGUUGCAUGCUCAUGUUUCAAAUAGUACACAAAAAUGUUCGAGAUAAUAGAAGUUUUAACUUAUGUUUGCAUACAGCGAACCGUCCACUGACAAAGUUUUCCUGCUUUGUUUUUAUCGAUAUCACAUUAUCCCCGAGCCGACGGCGCGAAGCGCCGUGCGAGGCUAGGGUACUAAUCCCCCCCGGCUAUUUACACCCGGGGAAACGAAAGCAUUAGCGAAGUCUAAAGUUCAUCAAUUAUCGCGGGCGUGGGUUACCAACGAUGUUGGGGUGGGUGGUCAUCCUCACUGAUCUCAAAAAUAUGGCGGACUGUCAUGAAUAGCGGACACUGAUUGGUCCAAUUUAAAGUUUGCAUUAUAACGACUGCAUGACGACAGCGAAGUAGCAAACAUUUCUUGAUUUGAUGAUUGAUAAAUUUCUUGCAAAUAUAUUUCAUUUUUGCUCGCAUUUUUGCAAGAAUUUGUAAAUUUCAAAAGCUCUCUCAGAAAGAAACUACGAAAGAAUCGGCUAAAAGAAGGGAGCCGACGUUAACGAAGGUAAGUUUGUUUUAAAUAUUGAUUUUAUAAUGGCUUUAAAACCCGACGGCCUUUGCGUAUAUGAAACAACUAAACAAGACAGCAUAUAAUUUCAAUGUAUCUUUAAUAUUGAUUCCCUUUUUCAUGACAUUGAAUUUUUUAAAUAAAAAAGAAAGCAAAGUUAUUUGCAAGCGAGAAUUUGAAAUAAUUUUAUUGCAAACUCAAAGUUUAUCGAUAAAGUCAUUUUAAAAGGCAGUUUAGUUUUAUAAAGAACACUAGUGACUUUAAAACGUUCUGCGAAGCGUUCGUGGUUGAAUUUUACCUUAAAUUGAGGCUUAUUUAUUUAUUUAACUUCGCCAUUAUCAUGCAUUCAUGGCAGGGUCACCACAACAGUAAGGUACCAAUUACUGUGGGCCCUUUAAUUUUAAAUAGAUAAUAAAACACAAAUAAAACACAACGAAAACUUCGAUUUACCUGUUCAAAGUUAUCACACGAAUUGAAACCAAGCAAACAAAUUCCUCGAAGUUUUCGUUGUAUUGUAUUUCACAAACAUACUUAAAUAGCUGCUUGCAAAUUUUAUAAAAGAUAUAACAAUUCAUUGAAUAUAAAAUAGCUAUUGAAACAUAAUAAACAAGGCUAGGAAGACCUGACAACUUCGAAAAAUAGAUCAAAACAGUAAAGAACCUGAACGUGCACAAAUUGACACAAAUCUAUCCAAAUUUAGACAGAACAUAAAAUUAAAACUUACAACCUUCCUAAUCAUGUUUAUAUUUCAAUAACUAUGAGACACUAAUAGCAGCAAGAGAGUGGAGCAGCAAGACUACGAGCAGUGUUAUACUUUAAGCAGAUAGACUUCCAUGUCCGAGGAUUUUGAGGUUGAUAAUUUAGGUAUAAGGCAGUUUUGAAGUAGUCUAACAGCAGAGAUUUAAAUCGUGGUAAAGUGAGAGACGAGUGUCUCAGUUCUGCAGGUAUGUUAUUAUAUUACGUAUAAUAACAUACCUGAUAUAUGUAUGUUGGGAAAUUAAUAAUUUUGUAAUUAAAAGUGAUAUUUUUAGGCGAUUUUUCAUUUGUAAGAAUAUUCUUAAAAAAUUAUCGUGUUAUCAUGACAACUACUUUAGAUACUUCAUGUUGGGAAAAUACAAUGGUUUUGUCAGCAAGGCGAGGGUUUCUGCAUGCAUGUAUUUUCUAAUACAACGCUAAUCGGGCUUGAAAAUCUUACUCUACUAUGUAAGUUUCGUUUAAGGUUUUGUCUUUUCCAUUUAAGAAAAAAGAUAAAAACCAUAUUUUUCACCGGAACAUAUCUUUUACUUUAUGUAGCGCGGCGCCAUGUUUGUUUUGUUUUGAACCAAUCUCUGACCGUUACUUAAUAAGGACUGCUUUGAGCUGAUUGGUUGAUUUUAUCUUCCCAUUGUUUUUUCCAUCAAUCAAAUCAGUUUGUUACAGCUUUUUUGCACUGCUGUUUGGGAUUAACUGCAAUCAAUCAAUCAAUCCAAUCAAUCAAUCAAUUUUUAUAUGUAUAUUAUUAUUAAGGUAAUUCCGCAAUAAUUGUUCCCGAAAUGAGAAUGUGUUGAAACUUCCCAGGCAUGGAGUUUAUGAUAUACUUAAAGUAAAAUCACACAAAAAAAGUCGGGGUCAUCGAACUCGUUAAGAAGAUAUGACAAUCACAAUAUACCACCUUUACCCCAAUAUGGCGCCAUCUUGACGCUCAUUACGAGUAACAGCAAAUUCACAACAGCCCGAUAUUUAUUGACGUUUUUAGCGCGGAUUUUGCUUUAGUAAACCUAUCUUGUAAUUAUCUUGGGAAAAAUAUUGUGUUUUGAGCAAAAUGAAACUACUAACGUGUACAUGCAAUUCUGAUCCACAAAUGUCUUUUCCACAUUUUUUUACAUAUCUUUCUUUGAGAACAUGCAUUGAUAAAUUUAUUUUUUUCAAGAUCCAGAAAUGAUUUUUCUUUUAAUUUCGGAUAUCAAAUGUAAAAUGCAUUAAAGAAAUAAAUUAUCAGUUAAAAAACGGGGGUCACCGAUCGUUUUAAGGAAAUGUGGCAUUAAAACAUGAAAUACAAGUACAUAAAUAUACUACAGACACAGGAACCCUAGCUACACUUUUGUAUGUCUUUUUUGAAAACAUUGAUUUUAACGUAAUUCUUUGCACGAAUAUGUAACCAAAGAUGUUUUAAGUAACAUAAAAUUGUCAUAAAAUGAUUUUUUUUAAACGGUACGUAUAAUGGAUGAAAUUAUAAGUUAUAAGAUGUGCGCAGUAAAAGUGCGCAAUGCAAAACUGCGGAAUUACCUUAAUAGUAAAAGUUUGUCUUCAAUUGUAACAGAAACAAAUACGAAAGGAUAAUAUAAAUAUCAAUAAUAUGACGACGCAGAUGAUCUAAAUAUCGUAGAGCGCAUUAAGUAGCAAUGCAAAACGUAAUGUGUUAAUUACCGAAUUUUUAAUUUAAUUAUAUUUUAGUGCUCAAUUUCACAGACAACAUCAUAGUAUCCGAAGGCAAGAACUUCACGUUACAUUGCAAUGUUCAGAACGAGUCUGUCAUUUGGAAAAUAAAUGGAAUUGCAUUAAAUGAACUAACAAAUGGGUAUACAAAUUUUCAAUCCGCUCCUAAUUCAACAUUGAUUAUAAGCAACCCUGUGCUGGGUGUGUUUGGUGUGUUCAAUGUGACGUGUAUGGUUAACAUUUCAAGUGCAACUGAUGGGAAAAAUUACCGUGUUCAGUUUACGAAAGGUAUUAAUUGAUCUAUUUUGUUUUAAUCUUAAUAUCAUUUUAGUCAAUUUACUCGAUUCUGAUUGGUUAAAUAGCGUGCCGAUUAAACAUUAUUAUAACGCGCAGUGUGCAUAUUAAAGAUUAAUACCGCGCAAGGUUUGUAAACAAAAUAGAAUGUUAGAACAUUAACUGAAAAAAAUUCCUACAUCUGCUAACACAUAACGCGUAGUUUUGCUAUCAACAGCGUGUUUAUUUAGUCGUAACCAUGUUUUAUUGCUGUAUACUUAAGCUUGUUUUCCUUUUUAGGACCAAGGUUCUCUAACAACGCUACCGUUAUAUCAGUGAUUGAAAACACUUUGGUUCAUUUGAAUGUUGACUGUUCAUCAGCAGGGUAUCCUAAACCUACCGUACGGUGGAAAAUUGGUAAAGAUAUCCUCGCUCCCAGCAAUGGCAGUGUUACAUCAAAGCUUUUGGAAAAUUAUGUGGAUUUUAAGGGGUUCACAGGCACAUACCGUGUUCUAAGUAAUGGAACUUUGAGUAUUGAUGGAUCUUUUACAAAAGCACCCACUAGUGCGGAUUAUUUCUCAUGUACUGCAAGUAAUACAGUUGGAGAACAACUUCAAAUCUUCCAUUUUAAUCUUGAGAAAUGUAAGUAUAGUAUAUUGGUUAAAUUACAUUUACGUCGAACCAUUCAAAUUUCCGAGGUUACGUCACAUGUAUACUCUGGACUUGUAAACCAAAUAGAAUUACAGUUAAUAAGAAAACACUGGAGACGGAACGGUUUUUUUUUUUUGAGGGGGGGAGGGUUAAUUUUCAGCGAAGUUGUGAACCGUAGUUGUCACUUGUCAUUCAGCUAGGUGCAAACAUAACAUGCAGGUGCAUCACACCAGUAGCGUAGGAAGAUAUUUAACAGUUAUUCUACGAACUCGAGUCGAAUAUGAGCUGAUAGCCGAUGAGGCGCGUAGCGCCGAAUCGGCUAUCGCUCAUAUUCGACGAAAGUGAGUGGAAUAACUGUUUUAUUAUAUACACAAGGUCUGAAUUCACAGACUUCGCUUUUCGAAUAUUUUCAAUAUUUUUCUAUUUUGUUUAUGUUUUUAUCUUCGCUCUUUCGGCCGAUUAUUUUUUCAAAAAUAUAUAUUUUUAACCAUUUUAAAUAUUAAAAAUUUAUUUGCUAACCUGAAAACAAUUUGUGGGAGUUUUUCAUUGUGUUUUUAAUCCCGUGAAGGCUAUAAAAAGCGACAACUUGCCGUUUUCUCGUUUGCAAAGCAUCGUAAAUUCAGUUUGGCCGCCAUUUUGUUUUUCUCUACUAGCAGGAUAUGAGCUAAUAUCCUGCUAGUAGAGAACCAAUCAGAUUGCAGAAUACCUCAUAUCCAGACCUUGUGUAUAUAAUAAUUAAAGUUAUAGGAGGGCUGAAAACUAGGAGGCGGCCAUGCUUCCCCAGAAAAAUUAGAAAAACUUCUGGCAACGGGUUGAAGAAUUUGGACGACAAAACUCACUUCAUAAUUUGUUUCGGUGGGGGCAAAAUCGCCGGAACAUUAGCAUAGUUGAACACUUGGUGAUGGAAAAAGCUCACGCUUUUUAACCAAAACACAUAUGUGCGACUUAAUUUUAUUUCAUUUUUGCCUUUUACGCAGCGAUCAAGAAUCUUCGUAUUUACUAUUUUACUGUCACGGGCUAUUUUUUUUUUGGGGGGGGGGCUUAGCUCCCCAUAUUCUGCCGCCCCUGUGAGAAAAACUACGACUCUGUUACAAGUACGAACAUAAUUUAACUAUUUUGCAAAUUUACCUGCAUCGAUAGCAUGGCCGCAGUUUCAAUUCCUGUCAGAGACCUAAAGUUGCAUUUUUCGCAGUUGUUCCUGGUCAGGUCUAAUAAAUGUAAUUUAGUAUAUAAAUUUCCACACGAUCAUUUCCAUCAACAACACCCUUCAACUAUUGAAUCGAGUGAGAUACCUACAAAAUCUUGACUUAUUUACCCGUACCUUUAAACCAUGUUGCACGAGACAACUUUGUUGCACGAGGCAACUUUUGCAGCAAAUUGCAUCACAAUUUCUGAAAUAGGGACCCGUCUCAGACGGCGUACUUUUCAUGUACUAAACGUGCGAUACUGCGACGCUGGAGCGAUACAAGAACGGCAGUGAUUCAAGCGGCGUACAAAAUAUAUAUAGGAUAUUAGACGGUUGCGAGGGGAUAUGGAUUUUAUGUUCGAGAUAUUAGAGAGGUUAAGAUACCCCGGUUUCGGUGUACGGGUACGAGUAGCAUGAUUUUGGUUAGCAAUAUUUUCGUCGAUGUCUGUACCUUUACUCGUAAUUAAGGUGCACAUUUUUCGCAUUAUAUCAUUGUCUAUUGCAAGAAAACAGAAAAAGUAUGAUCGAAUUACAGACAUCAGUAAAACAAGAUGACACUACUCGUACCCGUACACCGAAACCGGGAUAUCUGACACGAGAACAUAAAUCCAUAUCUUCUCCCAACCGUUUUAUAAUAAUGUUCUGCUUAUAUUCAGAGUGACAAAAAUACACACAAAGGCGACAUGUAAAUAAGCACGCAAAGGACAAGUAUAAAAGCGAUAUUUUUUAAAAUUAUAGUAAACAAACAUAAAAUAAACUUAUCUCAAGAUGUCUUUUAAAUGUUUUCGUUUUAUUUCCAGCGUUAAUUUCGUUAAAAAUACGAACCAAAGACCAUUUGUAUUUUCAAAACAACAAUGAAAAUGGCGGGAAAUUUUCGAACUUCGUAUGUCACUAGCAGGGAUGAAAUACGGAAAAUACGCGCACCUGGUCCCGGAUGUAGUGACGUAUGAAUUCUACGAGUGUUUUAGUUUCCAAUAAAACACCAUUAUCCAUACUAGAAAAUACAUGCAUGCAGAAACCCUCGCCUUGCUGACAAAACCAUUGUAUUUUCCGAACAUGAAGUAUUUAAAGUUGUUGUCAUGGUAACACGAUAUUUUUUAAGAAUAUUCUUACCAAUGAAAAAUCGCCUAAAAAUAUCACUUUUAAUUACAAAAUUAUUAAUUUCCCAACAUAUAUAUGUUAGGUAUGUUAUUAUACGUAAUAUAAGCUUCAAUUUAAGAUAAAAUUCAACUACAAACGCUUCGCAAAACGUUUUAAAUUAAAGUGUUCUUUAUAAAACUAACUGCCUUUAAUAAUCCAAUGGCUUUAUCGAUAAACUUUGAGUUUGCAAUAUAAUGAUUUCAAAUUCUCGCAUGCAAAUAACUUUGUGAUAAAAAGACAGAGUCUUGUAGUUUUGUUCAUGUGUUUACUUUACAUACAUAAGAACCUAUUCUAUAUACUACACGUGUCCACUCAAUACCAUUGUUCAUAGGGUGUGAUGAUCACGUGAAUACCACACCCUCCCAUACUUUAAAGUACUUAGUAUGUUCCGUUUACUAUAUGUCCUAUAUUAAAUAGCAACAAACCUAAUAUCAAUGAAUAAUCAUAUUUGUUUCAAGACUGUCCAACUCUCUGAGUCCUUUAUGUUUCAUAGUCUCUGAGCCAAGCUGGCGGCUGUCUUUCGCGUUCCGGCCUUGCCAUUGGUGGUUCUACAGUAUCAUCGUUUGCUCCUUCGUUAUCUUGCUCGAUAUCAUCUUCGUUAUACUCUUCGUCUUCCUCGUCUUCCUCUUGGUCCGAUUGCUCGUUUGUGUCAUUUUCCGCCUCGUAUAUCUCCUCGCCGUCCUUUUUACUACUUUGGGGUAGUCUCCCAAAUAACUUACGAAACUUUGAAGCAUCCCUUGUUAUUGACCAUUCAUUUUUGUUUGCCGUAAUCAACUAAUCAUUGAUCCUUUUAUGUUUGUAACUGUUAGCGGUGUUGGGUUAAACACAGUUGUUAGUUUUUUCUGCAUCACAACAACUUGAUCUCCGACUUUUAAACGGUGUUCCUUGGCACCCGUGUCUCUGGAAACCAUUUUAGCUUUAGUGUUUACCACAUGUUCUCGGUCGACGAUGUCAUCACAGUAUGUCUCCAUUGGUAAUUUUGUUCGCAUCUCUCGUCCCCCGUGCAUAGCUGCAAAUGGGCUCUUCUUUGUUGUCGUAUGUGGACUAGCUCGGUAGGACUGGAGGAAAGUCGUGGCUGCAUCGCAUUGGUUUCCCUUCGACGUGGCCGGCCUGUAUGGCUUCUUUCAUGCAUCUGUUGAAUCGUUCUACGGUUCCGUUUGCUCGUGGCCACUCCGGUGUUAUAUGUUUUAGAACGAAUCCUUGUUUCGACGCAAAUGAUUUAAUCUCUGCUGAUUGAAAAGGCUGACCAUUAUCUGACUGACAUACCGCCGGUAUUCCUUUAUUAGCGAAUAUGCUUUGCAUCACGUUGAUGGUAGAUGUUGCCGUUGGUGGUUGCCUGAAGAAUGCUAUUUCAGGCCAGUGACUGUAUCUGUCGAUCAUCACGAAUAUGUAUUCCCCAUUAGGGUAUGGCCCUUGAAAAUCCAUUUCGACAAAUUGCCAAGGUCCCUUCGGUAAUUCCGAUGCUUUAAUAGGCUCGUGGUAUCGACUUGGUUGCGUUGCUCGGCACGCAACGCACUCUUUGAUUUGGCGUUCCACUUUGGCAUCAAGGCCAGGAAACCAGCAGGAUUGCCGGAUGAAAGAUUUUGUUUUGCUAAUAGUUCCCUGAUGACCCUCGUGCCCUAAUGCGAUAACUCGGCGCUGUAGGGUUUCAGGUACGAUCAAUCGUUUCUUGCGAUAAAUUACUCCGUCUAUGAUAUGCAGGUCGUGUUUAACUUCUUCUGCCAUUUAACAUAACUCUUUCCGCUUGAACUACGGUCCGGGCAAAUUCGUCGGCUGCCUGGAUGCUGCUUGAAAUAGCAUAUGUUUGUGGGUGCCUUGAUAAGUAAUCAGCGAUGUUGGUCUUCCCGGGAUGGUAUUCUACAACGUACACGUAUUCCUGGACGUCCAUAAUAAACUUCUCGAUGCUUGGCGGUAAAUCACCUGCGGUUUUGUUGAACAUCGCUUGCAGCGGUUUGUGAUCUGUAAUCACUUUGAAUUGUUGUGCUCCCAAGAGGUAUUUUCUCAGCUUCUUGAUCCCCCAUCGGAUUGCUAGCGCCUCUCUCUCGGUAGUUGAAUAGUUGGAUUCGGGCGGACUAAGACUUCGUGAUUUGAAUACCACCAGGCGGAAACCUUCAGCCGUCGAUCUUUUCUGCAACAGAACAGCUCCAAGACCACCAAGGCUUGCAUCCACCACCAGUCGCGUUUCUCGACCAAUCUCGUAUGGUUUGUAAUAGUGUGUGUUCUUGUAAGGCUUGUUGUAGCUCUUCAAAGGCACAUUGAUGUUGCUCGUCCCAGUCCCAUGUACCUUCUUUCAACAGUUCUCGGAGGGGCGCCGUAACUUUGGCAUAGUUGGGGAUAAAUCGCUCGCUGAACCCUGCCGUGCCCAAAAGUGAUCGGAGCUCUUCCUUACUCUUUGGUGGACCUGCGAAGUGGAGGGCUUCUACUUUGGUCGGGUCGAGUUGAAUGUCUUUCUUGUUAAAAAUGUUGUUUCUUCAACGUCGAGCUGGAAUUUCUUUGUGUUGACCGUCAUGCCGUUGUCCUGUAAUCUUGUGAGGACAAGUUCCAGCGCAUGGUCGUGUUCCUUCAUAGACCCAGCUAUCAGGAUGUCAUCUGCGAUGUUGAUUUUGUGAGGUAUACCCGCGAGGAUAUUUCGCAUUUCGUUUUGUAGGAUGUCUUGCGCCGAUUUUGUACCAUAAUUCAAUCUUUUAUAACGAUACAAUCCGUCUGGUCCGUAGAAGGUCGUUAUUUUGCGUGAUUCUGUGGCAAGCUCAAACUGGUGAUACGCCUCGCGCAAGUCCAAUUUAGAGAACUUCUUCGCGCCCUGAAACUUGUUGAUCACGUCUUCCAUCGUAGGUAGUUGAGUGUAUGAGCGGAGAAUAACCUUGUUUGCCAUCCUAAUAUCUACACAUAGGCGAAUCUGAUCCGAACUUGGUUUCGGCGCGAUAACUGUUGGGCUGACCCAGGUACGCGUUUCGUCGUCUGGUACUUUCUCUAUGAUGUCCUGAUUUAACAAGUAUGCGAUCUUUUCUUCUGCUUUGGCUGCAAGAUUGUAUGGUACACGUCUUGGCUUUUGGACAACUGGAGUCACCGUCUCAUCCGUCAUUAUGGUCGCUUGUCUGCCUACAGCUUUCCCGAUAUUUGGACUGAAUACUUCGCUGUGUUUCUCCAAGAUUUCUCUUACGUUGGGGCGCACUUUCUGCGAUAUUUCUGCAAGGUCUCUUUUUUCGUCAAUUUGUUGGACAAGGAAUUUCUCGUUGUACUGGACAAGCCCGAGCUUUCGUAAUGAAUUUUCCGACAAGAGUGGGUAAGAUGACGCCUCCUUUGUAACGACGAUGGUAGUUUCCAGGCUCUUUUCACCGGCUCGUAGUACUGCUUGGAAUUGGCCAACCAGUUCAAGGCUUCGAUUGCUGCCAUACGCGAACAACUUAACAGGAGAUGGGGAAAGGGUCACUUUUCUUCCCACCUCUUUCUCAUAUUCUCGUAGGUGUCGUUCGUCCAUGAUGCCUCUUGUGGCACCUGUGUCCGGUUGCCAUGUCAACUCGCGACCAUCCAUUUUGGCUUUGACCAGAGCCGGGCGUAUUCCCACCUUAAAAAUCUGGUCGUUUGUUGUAGCUUGCCCAUACUCGACGUUGGCGUUGUUUGUCAAGUGCACUGGAUCCCUUUCUGCGACCUUUGCUACCUGCUCGUCAUAAUCGCUCUCAUCGGUAUCACUCUGAGUGGGCUUUUCUUUAAUAUUGUUUACCAACUUUUCAAAACAAACCUUAGCAAAAUGUCCUGUUUUCUUGCAAAAGUCACACUUCUUCCCUCGGGCUGGGCAUUCCGCUCUCGUUUUGUGUCGUCGACUACCACAGCGCAAGCAUUGCUCUUCGUCUCUGCCUUUGCUUUCGUUCUUGCCUUUUUCUGGUCGACCUUCCUUCCGUGUGUGUGGACCUUUAAAUGGAUAUCGUUGCUUCACUCUAUUUAACUUCUCUUUCUCCCCGUCUUUUUUGUGCAUGACCUCAUUCAUGGCCAUGGCAUCUCUCUUUUGUGCUUUUUCCAGUAACUGGUCAAGUGUCAGCUCCUUUUGCAAACAUGUCAAUCGUAGCUGGUCGUCAUGUAGGUUACUUAUGAUAAGAUAUUUUAUCAUUUUGUCUGCCGUCAGUUCGCAAAGUCACAUUUUUCGGCCGCUUUCCUUAGUCUUGCUGCAUAGUUCCCAGUCCUUUCGCCUUCUUCCGGUUUCACUCGAAUGAGCUCGAAUAAAGCAAAGUCAUUUGACUUUUGAGGGAGAAAAUAUUGGUUUAAUUUUUCCUUCGAUUGUCGAUACUCCGUCCACUGUUCGUUGGAAACGCUUGACGGUCUGGUGGGGGAAGGCAGGGAGUCAUGGAUAUCCUCUACUUGUAUUCCCGCGUGAAUCAACAAUGCCAUUUGUGCUGUUUCGCUCUUUUCUGCUUCGUUAGGGUCGCAGCCAUUGUACUUGAGAUCUCGCUCAAAUCUUUCCAGCCAUUUCUCCCAACGUCUGCCUAAAUCUAGCCUGUCUCCAUGUGGAUCAAAUGGAAGGAUUUUAAGCUUUGGUCCUUUCGUGGCCAUAUUAAUCGAGGUAAAUAUCUGAGUAAAGACAAGUUUAUAGCGUCAAUAAUUUCCGUUUACCGUUGAAUACACGCUCGGUCCGGCUGUAAUUCUUCGUAUUUCUGUGUUGAUAUAUACUGAAUUACUUUUCCAGUCCUCUUAGUUUCGUUUGAGUUUCUCAAUCCUCGUCGCCAGUGAUAUAAAGACAGAGUCUUGUAGUUUUGUUCAUGUGUUUACUUUACAUACAUAAGAACCUAUUCUAUAUACUACACGUAUACACUCAAUACCAUCGUUCACAGGGUGUGAUGAUCACGUGAAUACCACACUUUGCUUUCUUUUUUAUUUAAAAAAUUCAAUAUAAUAAAAAAGGGAAUCAAUUUUAAUAAUACACUGAAAUUAUAUGCUGUCUUGUUUAGUUGUUUCAUAUACGCACAGGGCCAAAGGCCGCCGGGUUUUAAACCAAUUAUGAAAUCAAUAUUUAAAACAAAGUUACCUUCGUUAACGUCGGCUCCAUUCUUUUAGCUGAUUUUUUCGCCCUUUCUUUCUGAGAAAGCUUUUGAAAUUUACAAAAUCUUGCAAAAAUGCGAGCAAAAAUGAAAUAUAUUCGCAAGAAAUUUAUCAAUCAUCAAAUCUCUACUCUGUGAUCAAAUCAAGAAAUAUUUGCUAUUUCGCUGUCUUCAUGCAGUCGGUAUAAUGCAAACUUUAAAUUGGACCAAUCAGUGUCCGCUAUUCAUGACAGUCUGCCAUAUUUUUGAGAUCAGUGAGGAUGACCACCCACCAGUGAACUCUAAUAAGACUGGAACGAUAACUGAGGUAAACAUGCCCAUACUUGCCUAAAGCCAACCGUACGAGGAAAUUGCACUUUUAAAAGGACUAGGGAGAGUUUCGAGGAGUGGGAAAUUCGUCAAAGUUUAUUUUCGACGAAAAUGAGCAAGAAAGGUCGUUUUUCAUCAAAAGACUUCAAUUUUAAAAACCCAAAUACGAUUUAUUUGAUAGUUAGAACUGCUUUGCAUCUCACAACAGCGAAAGUUUGAAGGGUAUCAGGUUUGUUUUCAUAAAAACGACACUAGUUGAACGUGCCGAAUUUGCUCUUUAACUAAAAAAACCACUUUACAACAUAAAUCUACGGAUCAAUACCUUUUUUGUAUUAAAUUCUAGGUAUAGUUGUUUAUUUUUAGUGCUUGUUUAUUUUUAGUGAUUUGCGAUUUGUGAUUUGGCGUCCGGGAGAAGUUCGCGCGCUGUGACUUUCAAAAAAGAACUGGGGAGAGUUCAAUUCCUCGUAAUUUUGUUUUUUAGCAAAAAUACGCCGAAAAAUUAGGUUUUCCGUCCGAAGAUUUCAAUUUCAAAGAUUCAAACUUGGUUUUCUGGAUAGUUCUACAUCCACUAACAGCAAAAUCUCGUAAGGAACCAUUUUUGUAUUCAAGAAAAUAACAAAAUAUUUUCCGUGCCGAACAAAAUACGACUUUCAGGUACACAAAAAAUAACAUUAAGUCUUUUCUACGGCUUCCAAACAUGAUUUGUGCAAUAGUCCAAGUAUCGUAGAUGUUUUUAAGUUUUUUAUCUAUGUUCUAGCAUAGCUAGAAAGGCAUAAAUCCGAGUUUUUCGAAGAGGUGUAUUUUUGCCGCCGUACCUCCAAUGGCAGCCUUCAAUUUAGCUUCAAAGAUGGCGGCCGAGUUAUCGUUCCAGUCUUAUUAGAGUUCACUGCCACCCACCGAACCACUCACGGUAACCCACGCCCGCGCUCAUUGAUGAACUUUAGACUUGGCUAAUGCUUUCGUUUCCCCGGGUGUAAAUAGCCGCGGGGGGAAUUAGUACCCAAGCACGGCGCUUCGCGCCGUCGGCUCGUGGAUAAUAAAAUUUUAUAUUGACAAGGGUGUGGCGCAUUCCCGCGUGGAUCCUAAAUAAAAUUCAAAACAAUUUACAACAUUUUAAAUUGCAAGAUGGUUACUGUAAUCUAAUCAUAUAAUUUGUGUUAUCUCAGUUUGGCACAUGAGUGGAGAGCCGUAUGAAUCGGUAUCGUCCCAACGCCCUAUAAUAUAAUGCCGAAUCUCCGCCGAACUUUCGCCUUUCCAAAUUCUGCUGCACUUAACUUAUUCAUUACGUCGCUAUUCUGUCGUAUCUAAUUUGUCAAUUACGUUUGGCACUUGAGGUACGCCGGCUAUAAAAUGAGCCAUGAGUCACAGAGAAAUUGCGGGCCUAGAUCGCAUCCUACUCUGCUGACACUUUCACCAUACAACAUGCUCUUUAUAGGGAUUAAAAUGAAAAAAAUGGAAUUAAAAAUGUUGCCAGAGUAAACCGUGCGCCAUGUUCACAAUUUCCUCACGACUACUCUUUAGAUAACAUGACUCUACAGUAUGUCAAAAAUUGCGUUGCAAGUUGCAGCAAAAAUUGCUUCGUGUACAUGGGCUUUAAUAUACGUCCAGGUACGAAAAUCGUUUGUCUACUCUUUCAAACGACACGAAACAAUAAAGCUAUUCUUAAAGAUAUACAUGUAUCCCGAAACAUUGUUAAAGAAGUACUCGUGUGAUUUACGUAUGGAAACCCAGUUAAGUCAUCGAAUUUAUAACAGCUUUCUGUCACUUUAGUGCAGACAUAUUCGUUUGAAGUAAUUUUGCCGACAGUACAAUUACCAAACUUAGAGGAAAUGGUUUGUGAAAAGGUACUGUAUGUGAAAUUUUGGCCAAUAAUAUUGUGUAGCCAGAGAGAAGAAGGGAGGCAAUCGGUCUAACAAAAUUGUCAGCUUCCAAGAGAAAAGCUUAUCUCUAGUACAAUGCAUGCAUACAUGCACAUUUGGUUAUUUGGUGCAAUUUAGAGAACGGUCAUUAUUUAUGGGGUGGGGGGAGGGGAGGUGUCACCUAACAGAAAAGGGUUGGGUAAGCAAAAUUUUAAAUGAUUAAAAGGCUGAGUAAAUGAAAAAGAAAACAACUCAAGGGUUGAGUAAUAAAAAAUACUGUCAUUUCUAAAGCAUGACUCACUUUCAUUCGCCUCUUCUCUAUACCGAUCAGUUUGCAUUAUGAAUGAUUUGCAAACCAGGCAUAAGCCAAUAAUAUCCAUGGAAGCAAGAACUACUACUGCAUGAUCUCGACUUACUAUAUGUACUUCUUACAUUUACAGGUUAGAUCUUCAUUCCAGCCUAGAAAACUCUUCCACUCAUUAAAUGUAACGUCUAUCAACGAAGAGUAAGUUUUCUACAUUAUUUAAAGCUAGUGUAUUUUACCUACUCCAGGAGGAGUGUGUGUGUGUAUGUCUGUCAGUCAGUAUGAUAACUUAAAAAUAUCAAACGUAAUACGAAAAUUUGUGGGGCUAACCGACAUUGCCCAAGGACAAGUUGAUUAAAUUUGGAUGGAAAUUGGAUGAGAAAUUAGCAAACGUUUGUCUUGCUUUGCAAAGGCAGAGUAAACUGAACGCUUAAUAAUUACCCAUUGUAUAAUUUAUGCAUGAUGCAUGACUUAAUUCGCUGCCAGAGGUAUAUGCAGUCUCGGAAUGCCAUCUAUAGUCUAUAUUUGGGCCGAAAGUGCUGAAUUUUCAAGUGCGUAUAAUACAAAUUAAUACAAAAUUUGCAAAUUUCGUAGGGCUAUAUUUUCCUCAUUUUACAACAUUUCCCAACCAAACUUUGCAAUUUUACUAAUUUUAACGUGCUCUUUCUAGCUGUGGUAAUGGAUUUUGUUGUUCUGCUUGUGGGAUACUAUUAUUUUUAUUUUUAUGCGACAACAGUACACAAACGUCUAUAUCUGAGCAUGAACAAAGUUAAUUGUUUUUUAGGUACGUACCGUAGGUGUUAACGUUUCUGCUGAAAAUAGCUACAAAAAUGAUAACGACCUACGCAUUUGCUUCAAACGUUAGACCACUGUGGUUAGACGUUGAUUCCUAUCCAUCCAAUAACGGCGUGGUUGAUUUCCAAUUGGCAUAUGUGUUGUGGGAAAGGGCACUUGCAUAAUUAUUAAGCUACUGUAUCUAAUAUCUAUGUCAAAUUUUAAAUAUAAUAAAACAAACGUUUCGAUGUUUACUCCAUAAUCAGGUUAAAAUAUUAUUUUACAAUUUUGAUCUGGCAUCUGCAUGAACUUUAAAGCUUUCGACCUUUACACGCGCGCAAAGUAUAAUAUGGAAGGGUGGGUUGCCUACAAUUUUUUCUAGUUUGCUACAGCAACUUCAAAAAAAUGUAGUCAGCUCAACUACUGCUACUUGACAAAAGUGUAGUUCGCCAUAGUACUGUUUACAAAAAUGUAGCGAGCAUUUCGCUUCUUCGCUACAACAAAUUAUCCUGCUACCCACGUUUGCAAUGUUCCUCUAAUUUCUCUUUCGAAUGGGGAAAAGUGAUAAAAAACGUAAAGAGCUAAAAUCGUGUAAACGUUAUACUACAAUAAAUCCAAAGUAAACAGAAUUCCCUGCUCUUUAGCAUAGCUUAGCGAUCGAAUAUUGGAAAUUAUGCCGCAAAUUUGGGCAAAACGGAACGGUCGUCUGUCUACUAAUUCAACUGUAUGUCAAACACUGAAAGUGACAUGAAUGCGGCAAUCAGGUGGAUUAUUUGUCACGAUGAAGUAUCUGCGAAGUUCAACUUCAUCUAUACACAGACUUGUGUACGUAUAGGUUGUCUUGAGGGAUGGCGCAUUUUUUAGCACACCCGAUUCAGGUAUUGGAGAACUCAAAUAGCUAAUUGCUGGUUAUUAUUCAUAACUAUUCCCACUGUUACAAUGUUAGAACAAGAUGGGGACACUGACCACUGGCAAUGCAAGAAAGCCUUAUCAAACUCUGCUGUUCUUGGCGGUGGAUUAAGAGGGCAAAAACUUUGCACACUCUGGCAUCACCAUAUUUUGUUUACACGCGUCCUUGCAAUUAGCCUUUCUACGAUGACGAAUAUCCGCCAUUUUUGGGUGGCAUCUAAUUUUCGUUAACCAAUGCAGACAAUUAAAACAAUGUGAAAAGCAAUUUUUAAAAAUAGACUAACCAUUUACAAAGCAAAUUUGCCAUCAUUCGUCCAAAAAUUAUAAAAAGUCGCUGUUAUGUGGACCUAAUCGCGCAGACUUCGGCUGAAACCACCCAAAAAUGUCGGCGUGAGAAAGGAUAAUUGACGAGAAAUACAAAAAGUAGCUGCGAAUAGCAAUUGUUACUUGAAAACUAAUCAUUACUUGGCUAAUGAAAAAAUGUGGUUCGCUGCAGCUAUAAUACUGUUUUGAACUACUUUGCCACUACCCACCCUUGAUAAUAUAUCGUGUCCAAGCAAAAUUAAAUAUAUAGAAAUUAGGGGAUAACUACUCGGAGAUUGCAUAUAUCUUUUCCAAUCAUUUAAGUUAUGCAUCAUGCAUAAAUUGUAUAAUGGGCUAAUAAUACACAUUCACAUUCACAUUUACUUUACCCUGCCUGGGAAAGUAAGACAAACCUUUCCUAAUUUUGUGCUGAGUGGUUAUAUUACUACUUAAAAAAUAAGCAGAAUCGAAACUCGACGUUUCGAGCGAAGGCCCUUCGUCAAGAGUUAGUAGCGGUAGUUAGCGCUACUAACUCUUGACGAAGGGCCUUCGCUCGAAACGUCGAGUUUCUGCUUGUUUUUUAAGGUAGUAAUAUGGUUAACCACUCAGCACAACAUUUUCACAUUGGUACUACCUAGACUAGUACAGACAGCUUUCCUAAUUUUGCAUUCAAUUCUUAUCCAAAUUUAAUCAAAAUCCAAUUUGUCCUUGGGCAGUGCCCAUCAUCCCACAAAUUUUCGUAUUAAUACGUGUAUUCAGGGACGUAGCGAUCGGAGGAUGUAACCCCCCCCCCCCCCCACUGCAGAUGCUUCGCUACGUCCCUGCGUAUUUUAUUAUGCUGACAGGCAAAAACCACAGACGGACAGACAUAAACAAAUAGAAACUCAAAUGAAAAAAUAGAGAGUUAGUAAAAAAAUCUUCUAAGUAUAUUUCUAUAUAAAUGUUUUUAGCAGUGGGAGUGUGCAUUUUGAUUUGACAUGGAAAGAGAAAAGCCUUGAUAAAAUUUAUGGACGUGAACCUCGGGACAUUGCAAAGCUUGCUGAUGAUGUUUACAGAGCAUUGGUAGGAGGCACAUAUGUUCCCAAGCAAUUUUUUGUCCAUGGUAAGCAUAGUUUGAAGUAA